GGGCCUGUGGCGCUGGAGAGCGGGAAAGGGUCCCGCCGUGCAGAAGGGCCUAUAUUUCCCCCGGGGAGACGGGAGCGGCAUCAUGAAGCGGGGAGUGGGCCUGGGUGCAGCAGCCCCUGCAAGCGGGGGAAGGACCGGGAAAGUGCUACGCGCCCUGGAAUGUUAUGCACCUAUAUAUAUAUAUAAUAUAUUUAAAAAAUCAAUUUUUAAAAACCCACAGAGGGUGCUUCUGAGCAUGGACAGAGAACGUAUUUCUUACACUGCUGUGUGGAGUUAAAGGGCGUCUCUGAACAUGAGCAGAGUGCCUGUCUCUUAGUGAAGGGAGGGUAUUUCUGCGCCUUGGAAGGCAAGGGGGGAAACGACCCGUUUUAUCACCGAGCGUGCCUGUCUAGUAAAACAAUUUCAUUCAGUACUGCUAAACUCGGAAAUAUGGGAGUGAGUGCUUCUAGUCAUGUUUGAUCUGCACCUUAAGCAUUUGUGGCUGGGUGCCCCUGCGCAGAGGCACAUUUUGAUCCCGUAGCUGCGAUGCUUUGGAGGAGAGACAACCUUAUUGCAAAGAGGAAUGACGGUUUGUUAAGGUCUGAGUAGCAGGUCAUGUUUAUGGCUGGGGCGAUUAAGCAAAACAUGAAACCUGGGGCUCUCUGGAGUUGUGUUGAAAGAUGCAGUGACCUGCAUCUAAGGGAUAUAUUCUCAGUAUUGCCUAUGUGUGUUUUUCGCUGUCAGGUACUGCCCAGCACUGUGAAUUCUGUCUUUGUUGAGGUGUUUCACAUGCUAAUUGCACCUAGGUGUCUAGGAAAAUUAUUUGUUUUAUUUGAGAACUGGGUCAUGCAAGUAUGUCUAAAAUUCAGGAAACUUUUUUUUAAAGUGUUAGUAUUGUGGGUUGGAGAAGCAAAAGAAAAUGUGUCUUUGGGGGAUUACUCCCUGCUGGAAAUGGAUCGUUCAUUUUGCUUGUUCGGUAUUCUGCUUCAGUGGGUGUUGAGCCUACUAAGCGUGUGUGUCCUGCAGUUUCUUCUUCAUACAGAAACAAUUUUCUUCUUCUAUGCCAAUUCUAGGAGUUACGUAGGUAACUGCACCUGUGUUUUCUGGGAAUUUGUUUUUGAGUAAGAAAUUUUAUGACAAAAAGCAGUGGUCACUCUGGUCAUAGUGCUUGCCCCAGCUGUCUGAAAUUAUGCUGAAGGACUGAAAGGAAAAGAUGAGUUUUUGUAGUAUAACACAUUGGAAUGCAUUUGAGUUAUAGAAUAUGCCCUUUUCAUCCUAAUACAUACAUACAUACAUACAAGUGACUUAGAGAUUAAGUUUCUUCCUUCCUCCAAAGCAGAAGGUGUAGUGUAAUGUGGUCUGCAACCUACUUUGCCAAAACUGGUCUUGGAAGGACAGGUUUUGAUGACAGGACUGGAAGUAUGUCAUAUAUGUUCACAGUGAAAGGAUUUUGGUAACUGCCCACAAAGGUUUAUCUUUUGGUACAGAUGUAAUGUUUCAGUUUUUGGUUAAACAAUGAAUUAUAUAAUUAAUAUCCUUUGAGAGUCUAAUGAACACAUCUUCCUUUAUGAUGACGGGGCUGCUAAAUCAUCAGAAGAGCUCUCUGGGUUGUGACUUAGCAAAGUUUUACCUUCUGUGCUAAUUAUAGCUGGAGCUAUCCACUGUGUCACUCUUUUUUUAAUGACAGAAGGAAGAAUUAUAGUGAGUGGAAGAUAGAUGACAUAUUUUUCAUAUAAUCAAGUUCCAAUUUAUCUUUUUCUGUGGAAGGAUAUUGUAAUAUUUUCCCACCCUUGUUGUUAGAUGCUUUUUCUUCGGUCUUUAAAAACUAUUUUUCCAAAGCAGGAAAUAUAAAUAAAUAAAAAUUACAGUUUCACACAGCAAAAACAGCAGUAUAAAAAUCUAAUCAACAAAAAACCAACCAGUCCUAAAAAGCCUGACAAUAAAAACAAAUUCUAAAAGGCCGUCUAAAAAUGGGAAGGGAGUGGGCUUGUAGGAUUUCCCUAGGAAGAGAGCUGCACAGUCAUGUCACCACCACCAAGAAGGACCUUUCUCUACCCACCAAUCUGAAUUUUAACUAAUGACAGGAAGGCCUCUGAUGCUAACCUUGGGGCUCAGGGCAGGAAAGCCUCCACCUGGGUUGCACCUGGAUGUAGUCAAAGGAGACAAACUUAUUGAGAAACUGAUCAUUGAUGAAAAGAAAUACUAUCUCUUUGGGAGAAACCCUGACCUGUGCGACUUCACCAUUGAUCACCAGUCAUGCUCUCGGGUCCAUGCUGCCUUAGUCUACCACAAACAUCUGAAGAGGGUUUUUCUUAUAGACCUCAACAGCACACAUGGCACGUUUUUGGGUCAUAUUCGUUUGGAGCCUCAUAAACCACAGCAGAUUCCCAUUGACUCUACAGUUUCCUUUGGUGCCUCCACAAGGGCCUAUACUCUGAGGGAAAAACCUCAGACGUUGCCCUCUGCAGUAAAAGGAGACGAGAAGAUGACCAGUGAGGACGACGAGCUCAAGGGCUUGCUUGGACUUCCAGAAGAGGAGACAGAAUUAGAUAACCUGACAGAAUUCAACACAGCCCAUAAUAAGAGGAUCUCCACGUUAACUAUAGAAGAAGGAAAUUUGGAUAUCCAGAGACCAAAAAGAAAACGAAAGAAUUCCAGAGUAACAUUCAGUGAUGAUGACGAAAUCAUCAAUCCAGAGGAUGUGGACCCUUCUGUUGGACGCUUCAGAAACAUGGUACAGACUGCAGUUGUCCCAGUGAAGAAAAAGCGGAUGGACAACUCCGGUUCCCUGAGCGCGGAUGAGUCUGCCACGCGGCGCAUGCAGAACUUUCCCUAUAGCGGAGGAUUGUAUGGCGGCUUGCCUCCCACUCACAACGAGACAGGCGCCCAGGCCCAUAGCAUUCACGGCACUGCGCUCAUUGGAGGCCUGCCAAUGCCCUAUCCUAAUCUUGCCCCGGAUGUGGACUUGACUCCGGUUGCACCCUCAACGGUCACCAUGAACCCAGCUCCAAACCCUGCUGUCUUUAAUCCCGAAGUUGUGAAUGAGCCCAAGAAGAAGAAGUAUGCAAAAGAAGCUUGGCCGGGCAAGAAGCCUACCCCUUCUCUCUUGAUCUGAGGAGCAGAGCUUGAUCUGUCCUGGGAGACAGGAGCACAACCAGCCAGAGUGGACAAAAAACUCUUCCAAGUGCAGCACCCACAUCUUUCAGAAUCAGGGUCCUAACUCUGUGUCAUAGCCAGGUUACAGGGGUAAGCUCCCCUACAAAACCAGCCUUUGGAAGAACUCUACAGGCAUCUAGAAAAGAGAGGCACCCUCCCCCCCAUCUGCGGAACCACACUGCCUAACAGCCUUUUCUUCUUUUACUCAACCCUGGUUAUUUUUAUCCUAAGGUUAUUCAUGAAUUUAAGGGGCACCAUGGUUAUUUUUAUCCUAAGGUUAUUCAUGAAUUUAAGGGGCACUGUCAGGUCACACAGAGUCAAAAUUAACAACUCUGUCUUACAGAGUUAAGCUUAACCAGCUGGUCUCAAGUAAACAUUCAUCCUCAGAAGUGUAUGUGGACCAGAUCAGUUCUCUAAAGAAGCACCUGGUUCGGGUAUAAGUAGUACUCAUGUAAGUCAGAUAACCAUAGCUUGCUUUUAAACAUGCGGAUCAUGAAGUGCUUUUAGUCUAGGUACAGCCCGUUGUGCUUGCCUUGUAAGUGAGUAUCAUCUUGAAGGCUGGAAGCACAGGGAAAUGGUAAGAAAUGAAAAUCAAGCAGAUUAUUUGCUGCUUAGCAUUCUAGAUUGAAUGCACCAGGAAGGAAAGGAAUAUCAAAUGAGAGCUCUUAAGGUACUUUUAACAGUGGCCCUUCCAGAGAAAAAGCAGUGUACUUGCAUAACACUCCGUGUGGGUUGGUUUCCUAUACACAAGCAGGAUUUGUCACACAGUUCUUUCCCCCCCCCCUCCCCCGAACUAAUCCCAAAGCCCAUGAAAGGUUAGCCAGUUUCUUAAGUGCAUAAUGACUGCAGUUCUGUCAAAUGGGGAUAUUGCGUGAGCUAAAAUAGUUUCCGGAUCUCAGCUCCACCAUUGUGCAGUUUGACCUAUUGACUUCAGUUUUUCGUUGAACCAAAAGUAGCUCUAAGGCUCUAGUUCCAGAUGUUUGGAAUCAAAAGACUUGAUUGAGAUGUGUAUAUUGUACACACUAAAGUAACUAUGGAAGCAGAGUUGUAUUGUCUUUGAGAGUCUUAUCCAGGCUCUUAGCGCUGGGCAGGCUCUUAAUCACACUGCUUGAUGGGUCUCUUCUUGGUUCUGUGUACUUAGAUGGUAUCUCCAGUGGUUUACCGUUCCCUGUAGUACAACAUGGCAGAACAGUGGUCAAAGCUCAGCCAAAGUCAGGCACAUCCUGUUUGGUUUGGUUUUCCCCAGGGGGGUGGGGAGUUAACCACAUUCUUAAGUCCUCCAAAUGAACCAAGUGGGAUUUUAAAAAGUGAGUAAUACAGCUAGGUUGUGUCUGUUAUUGCAGAAACAUUACAACUAUCCAAGGUUCCAUUUACCACCUAAAGUAUUGAGCGGGACAGAGAUUUGGGGCCAAAUAAUUCAGGUAUCUGCUGCUGCUUUAAAAAAUGAGACAACGUAUUCUAUCAAUGGGGGGAGUCUGAAUGGAAUGUCUUGAAGUCACUUCACUUCUACACAGUCUGCUUUUGUUUCAUCUGACGGUGUACAUAGGACCCUUUUGUGAAGAUGAAGUUGUGUCUAUAUUGUGUAGUUAUAUAACAACAUAAUCUAGGUUGUGAUGAAAUGGCUCGUGAGCUGUAGGAUUCCAUACUCCAAAUCUUCUGUAGCUUCACUUGCAACCUCUCAUCUUUGGGAUAUUUUUAGUUAACUUUUACCAGGCUAUUAAGCAGUCUUCCGGUAUGGAAGGCAGCUCUUCAGGAUAUGUGACCAGUUUAAAGCAGUUAAGGUUUCCCUUGCUGGAUUUUAAAUGAUUUUUUUUUUAAGUGACUUGUUUUGCAAGAUGUGUCCCUUGGGAUUUUACUGAUUGCUGGUCUUGGCCCCUCACCUCCGUGGGAUGAUGCAGACUUUUAAUUUCAAAAUUUUAAUUUCUUGGAAGCCAGUUCUGGCCAACGUUGAGCAUGGGGGAGGAUGAGUGAAAGGUGUGGGGCUCUGUACAGAAGUUUGUACAUUUGUGUAAUAGGCCUUUUCACACUCUGUUGAGCUUUUUACCUGUAACCUUUACUACACUGUAAAUUAAAUGACUGUUUUGCCAAA